AUGGACCCAAAUCAACAAUCAGAUCGUGUCCGAUCUUCUCUCCUUGAUCAAUGCAAAACGUUUCUUCCUCAGUUGAAAGAGGCAAAUGAGGAAUUGCAAAAUUCUGAGGGCAAACAUGACCUUCAAGAUCUUUCCAAUGAUGAAAACUAUAUAGAAAUGGAUUUGGCACUAGGUGUUUUGGAAGAACAAUCUGCGAAGCAUAAUGAGCUAGAGCAAGAAUCAUUGAACGCUGAAAAAGGCGAUGAUGAAGUAAAGGAAAACCCACUAGAGCAUCUUUUGAACAUUUACCAUCAACAGUUGGAAAAUCCGUCUGAUAAUGACACGACACUGACAGACUUCCUUGGAGAAAAACUUAGCAAAGCUGCUCAAGCAGAUUUGGAGCAGAAGCCAGAUGAAUCAGACGAAAGCAAUUUACGUGAAAUUGAGACAAAGACUACAAAAAAAAUAUAA